AAUCAGCGCCUGGGCUCUUUCGAAUCGACCCAGCGUAUUAACAGGGGGGGCUCCGUACGGUUAGCAUAAGUUACUAUGAUAGUGGAACGCUUGUUAUAACGUUUAAAUGUCAAGAUUUUAUUUUUUUGUCGUCAACAGCGUCCUCGUUCUCUAUGUUUUCAGGUCAUCGGCACAAGCGGGAACCACAGGGAGCCCAUGUGAGUCAGACAGCGACUGUCGUCGGGCGAGCCACUAUGCGUGUCACAACCACAGUUGCACCUGCCAGGUUGGCCACCAUGAGGAGCUAGUCAACUCCAGCCUUGCCUGCGUUUUUGUUGGGGUGCCGGUGGGGGAGCGCUGCUUGUCAGACGAGUCCUGCAUCAACCACAACCGAACUCACUGUGGAAGCCGGCACAUCUGCGUCUGCCGCCGGGGAUAUUAUGAACACGGUGGCCUCUGCAAAACCGGCCGCAAGCUUGGGGACCCAUGCCGGUCCGACGUCCAGUGUGAAGCCGGCAGCAAUGCGUCGGCGUGCCGAGGUUCCUCUUGCCGCUGCAAGGACGGCUACUACCAGGAGUCCAUAGCGGGCAAUAGCACUUGUGUACCAGGCAACCCUCCCCUGCUGCUGUGCUACACCAACUAUGACUGCUUCAUCCGUGACCGACACCUUGUUUGCGAUGGCAGGUUCUGCCGUUGCAGGCAAGGCUACCACACAGAACUCACUGCUUGGGGUUGGCGAUGCGCAGAUUCCUCAGGCUUACAGCGACCUGUUCACGGUGGGGUGGUGUCAGUGUUCAGGAUUUCACCAGCAGCCAUCCUUAUCGCUUGCAUUAUCUUGGGAUACAUGAAGCGACGCCAGAAGCCUGACACGGGCCAAGGGCUGCAUGACCGCCAAUUUGGAAGCCGUACACAUCGAUACAUCAUCCCAUUCCGCCGUGGAGUCUCCCUGCGUGAGGUGGCUCAGCGUGGUCAGAAUGCAAGGACGGGUGACUCGUUUGACCACCUCCUGCCAACCACAGCGGCCUGCAGCAAUCUGCCACCCGAACCACCGCCUUACCAUCCGGCUGAGGAGGAGCCGCCACCAACGUACGAAGAGGCGGUGCGAGGGGUGCCCGUUGCGCCCGUACCACAGAUGGUGCCAGGAGGGAAUGCUGCCGCACAGCCAACGCGACGUGCCUGAGAAAAAGAUAGUGGAGAGUCCACCACUCACCUACCAAACAGUUGUCGUCCCUACCUUCUGUAUUCCUUUUUCUGUUUUUGAGUCCCCCGUCAUUGCAGAAAAGCACUCAUUAUCACCUGUCUAGCCACGCGUGGACAGGGAGAAAAAAAGGUGUCGCGAAUAAAAGAACCAACGCUGGCAGAUGCAUCAAAAGUAGAAGGUGGCAGCCUAAUUGGAGAGGCUUUCUUCUUUGACGUGGCCACAGUGAAGUAGGGAAGGUCUGUGCAUAAACUGUGGCGCUGUUGCCAAAAUUGUGUGUUUUAUUUAUUUUUUUUUUGCAAGGUCUCGUAAAAGAACCCCUAUAAAAAUGAAAAAGAAAAACUGGUGCAUGCUCACUUUUAGAGGAUAGUUACAUGGGCUUGUUGGGCUGCGCUACAACGAAGUAAAAAACACUUUUGGAGUUCCAUAUCUUUGUUUUUAAAUGCUUCCUUCAAUCGUUCUUCAUGCUCAGUACACCAGCUAUUUACUGCCGCAGUUUGCAUGAGCUGUGCUAAUUUCGAAUAAGGCUUUGAGUUUUUGAGACCCUGUGAUGAGACUUUUGCCUGUAUUCUGCACCAAGGAAGCAUUCUCAAAAUAGAGAUUGUUAAAAGAAAAACAUAAGUUCCAGGAUGUUAUAAGGUGUGCUGUUAGUCAACAAAACCUUAGAUUACAUAGUGUAUCUUAACUUUCAAUCAGAUUGGCGCAGGCUUGCCGACUAUUUCAUACUGUGCAAACAAUUAUCUGCUUGCGGCUGUUUCCUUUUGCUCUGCCGCAAGACUGGAGCCGUUUUGUGAGCACAAAAUAGUUCUGCCUCAGUACAUUGAGAGUUGUCUUAUUCCUUUCUUACCUUGAAGGCAUCAUUUCUUUUUCUUCUUGUUUCGUAGUUUCGCAUAUUUAGAGAUAAGCACGUGCAUUCACAGUGUAUGUGUGACAAUGAAAUUCAAAUGGCACGUGAAGGCUUGUCUCAAAGUGGCUGCUUAAAUGUACUCUUGUUACGAACCUAGUCGUGUAGAAGUAAUUUACUAACAGAACAAAGCCACAGCGCUUAGGCUGCAGUAGGUUUAAGUCUCCUUGUGAAUAUUUGGGUGUGCAUUUUUGUCCCUCCAAUCCUCCUCUUAUUUCACACAUGCAGUAUAUAUGUAUUAUAUACUUUAAGGUCAAACUACAGUGCCAGCAGGCUUUGCCUUUUUAAGUUGUGUAUCUGUGAUAAAAAUAUUUUUUACACUACACACGCGUACAAUUACCUGUCCGUCUUCUUUUUUUAAGCAGCUUGUCCACUGUGUCAUAGUCUAGCUAACUGCAUCGUUUGCCACUAGAUGUGAGCUUGUUUGUUUUCUGUUUUUUUGUCCUCCAGAAGCUCAUAUUUAUGAGCUUGUAGUAAUGUUGCAUACAUGUCAUGUAGCCUUCCUCUCUCAUUUUAUUUUUUCGCUGCUAUGGCAGAAGAAAUGCCAGAUUGAGCAAAUUUUGCUCCUCAGAAACAUGGCGUUUGCUUGUAGCACCAACAGAUUACAUAUAAAGCUGCAUUCUUGUUUCACAGAUGUUCUUGUACUCAUGUGUAACCCUGUGUUCUGCUUUGAUUCAGGCAUAGUUGUACAAUGGAACCUCUUUGAAACUGUGUACUGAAUUAAGUACCUGGACAAUAGUAAGCAAGCCUGAUGGAGAGAUAGGUCUUGUGCGUAUAUUAGUCAGAUAUUCCUAUUUCCGCAUGUUGUUUUUCUUGUGGGUGAGCUUUGCUGUACAGAGAGAGAUUAUAGAAAGGAGCAAUAAGUCCGCCUCCACACCACAACUUUUUGUUUUGCAUGCAAAGACUUCCACAAGCGUCAAUGUUAAGAAAAUGGUAUGACUUCUGUUCAAACUUUUUCCAAGCUUUACUCAAAAGGCGAAUUUGUCAGUUUGUGCAUUUAACGGGCACUCCCGUCAGGUAAUGGUUUCUGGUUGUGCUAACACCUUUUCCCAGUGUGGGACGUCUGCUAAGCGCGACUUACUUGCACAUUAUGCCAGCUGUUAUGUUUGAAAAGCUGCAAAGGGAGAAAAGAAGAUACGCUUAGCUUUGUCUGUAGAUUUUUAUGUCAUGGCCAUGCAAAUGAGCAUCGCGGAAAGUGCAGUGUAGCUCCAUGCAACUCCAAGCAUGUUGUGUGGCCAUUGCUAUUGCGUCUUCAGUUACCAUAUACAUUCCCACAGAUGUAUUCUCUGUCUGUCUGUCCCAGCUCUGUCUUACAUAACUUUGCAUGCUUUUUUUUUCGUUUUUCAUUGAUACAGGAAACCCAGGAAAUUUAUUCAUGCCACACUGUCAUUAAAGCUUUAUUCUCAACCAUGGAAA